AUGGAAGCCGACGCCAAGCAUGAUUUCCAAGCGAACGCAGCAGAUGAACUUCCUUUCUGCAAAAAUUCUGUUCUGAAGAUUUUGAGCGUAGAGGACGAUCCAAACUGGUAUCUGGCAGAGCAGGAUGGACGAAAGGGUCUAGUACCUUGUAACUACAUCUCAUUCCGUCCAAAUCCCUGGUAUAUGCAAGCUUGUCGUCGAAACACCGCCGAGGAGUGCUUGCUGGAGACCGAUCCACAUACUGGUCUCCCAGUUCAACCCGAUGGAGCUUUCGUCGUUCGCAGAUCAGAAUCUAAUGGACCAGGUUUCAGCCUCUCUGUAAAGUGA